UCCCCUAGCCGUCCUCGCGCCGUUCGCUUACCCAGGGUCCCCUUUCCGCACCCGCAGCAUCCCCUCAGCCUCCCUCACGGUUCCCUCACCGCCCGCGCCUGUUCGAAAAAGCCCAGAGCCGCCGCUCUCGUCACGGUCCGCUUCAGGCCGCCAUUGGCCGGCACACGUCACGUGCGGCGUGUGGCGGCUGACAUUGGCUGGCGAGCGGGCGCGCUGACGGCAGCGCAGGGGACGCGGCCUCAGCAGGGGCGCCCCGUCGCGGGGAGUAGCCUAGGCGCUAGCCGGAGGACGCUGUCCGGCGGGCGGGGCCGGGACCCCUCUGCCUCCUGGGCGCGUCGGGAGCAGCGGGGAUCGGUGCCGCGCCGUGAGGGUGCGCAGAGGCUGCCCUAGAGCCCGCUACCCACAGACCCUCCGCGGGGCAGCGUCUCCGGGCCGGCCGCGCCCUGGUCGGCCGGCCGCAGACGACGUGCGACACGGACGGCGCGUCCUGCUGACCCCAGCCGGCGCCGAGGGCUUGGAAUCCCGAGCGGGAAAAGACUACCAUGGCUGCAGGAGUCUUGCCUCAGAAUGAACAGCCAUACUCUACCUUCAUAAAUAACAGCAAGUGUGUUGCAAACAUGAAAGGAAAUAUAGAACGUCCAACACCAAAGUACACAAAAGUAGGAGAGCGUUUACGGCAUGUCAUUCCUGGACACAUGGCGUGUUCCAUGGCGUGUGGUGGUAGAGCUUGCAAGUAUGAGAACCCAGCCCGCUGGAGUGAGCAGGAACAAGCCAUUAAAGGGGUUUACUCAUCCUGGGUCACUGACAAUAUACUGGCCAUGGCCCGCCCAUCCUCUGAGCUCCUGGAGAAGUACCACAUCAUUGAUCAGUUCCUCAGCCAUGGCAUAAAAACAAUAAUCAACCUCCAGCGCCCUGGUGAGCAUGCUAGCUGUGGGAACCCUCUGGAACAAGAAAGUGGCUUCACAUACCUUCCUGAGGCUUUCAUGGAGGCUGGCAUUUAUUUCUACAAUUUCGGGUGGAAGGAUUAUGGUGUAGCAUCUCUUACUACUAUCCUAGAUAUGGUGAAGGUGAUGACAUUUGCCUUACAGGAAGGAAAAGUAGCUAUCCAUUGUCAUGCAGGGCUUGGUCGAACAGGUGUCUUAAUAGCCUGUUACUUAGUUUUUGCAACAAGAAUGACUGCUGACCAAGCAAUUAUAUUUGUGCGGGCAAAGCGACCCAAUUCCAUACAAACCAGAGGACAGCUCCUCUGUGUAAGGGAAUUUACUCAGUUUCUAACUCCUCUCCGCAAUAUAUUCUCUUGCUGUGAUCCCAAAGCACAUGCUGUCACCUUAGCUCAAUAUCUAAUUCGCCAGCGUCAUCUGCUUCAUGGUUAUGAGGCACGACUUCUGAAACAUGUGCCAAAAAUUAUCCACCUAGUUUGCAAAUUGCUUCUGGACUUAGCGGAAAACAGGCCAGUGAUGAUGAAGGACGAGUCCGAAGGACCUGGUCUCUCUGCUGAAAUAGAAAAGACCAUGUCUGAGAUGGCCACCAUGCAGCUGGAUAAAGAGUUACUGAGGAAUGACAGUGAUGUGUCCAACCCACCUAACCCCACUGCAGUGGCAGCAGAUUUUGACAAUCGAGGCAUGAUUUUCUCCAAUGAGCAAGAGUUUGACCCUCUUUGGAAAAGGCGGAAUGUUGAGUGCCUUCAACCCCUUUCUCAUCUGAAAAGGCGGCUCAGCUACAGUGACUCAGAUUUAAAGAGGGCCGAGAACCUCCUGGAGGAAGGGGAGCCUCCACAGACAGUGCCUGUCCAGGUCUUGGUUGGCCACAACCCCAGGCAGCAGAAGCGCAUAAGCCAUUGUUACAUCCCACAGUCUCCAGAACCAGACUUACAUAAGGAAGCCUUGGUUCGCAGCACACUUUCUUUCUGGAGUCAGUCUAAGUUUGGAGGGCUGGAAGGGCUCAAAGAUAAUGGCUCGCCAAUUUUCCAUGGACGGAUCAUUCCAAAGGAAGCACAGCAGAGUAGAGCUUUCUCUGCAGAUGUUUCAGGCCCACACAGCCCUGGGGAACCAGUUUCACCCAACUUUGCAAAUGUCCAUAAGGAUCCAAACCCUACUCACCAGCAAGUGUCUCACUGUCAGUGUAAAACUCAUGGUGUUGGGAGCCCUGGGUCUGUCAGGCAGAACAGCAGGAUACCCCAAAGACCUCUGGACUGUGGCUGCAGUCCGAAAGCACAGUUCUUGGUUGAACAUGAAACCCAGGACAGUAAAGAUCUGGCUGAAGCAGCUUCACACUCUGCAUUACAGUCUGAAUUGAGUGCUGAGGCAAGAAGAAUACUGGCGGCCAAAGCUCUAGCAAAUUUAAACGAAUCUGUAGAAAAGGAGGAACUAAAAAGGAAGGUAGAAAUGUGGCAGAAAGAGCUUAAUUCCCGAGAUGGAGCUUGGGAAAGAAUAUGUGGCGAGAGGGACCCUUUCAUCCUAUGCAGCUUGAUGUGGUCUUGGGUGGAGCAACUGAAGGAGCCUGUAAUCACCAAAGAGGAUGUGGACAUGUUGGUUGACAGGCGAGCAGAUGCCGCAGAAGCACUCUUUUUAUUAGAGAAGGGACAGCACCAGACUAUUCUCUGCGUGUUGCACUGCAUAGUGAACCUGCAGACAAUUCCCGUGGAUGUGGAGGAAGCUUUCCUUGCCCAUGCCAUUAAGGCGUUCACUAAGGUUAAUUUUGAUUCUGAAAAUGGACCAAUAGUUUACAACACCCUGAAGAAAAUAUUUAAGCACACGCUGGAAGAAAAGAGAAAAAUGACAAAAGAUGGCCCUAAGCCUGGCCUCUAGCUUUCCCUCAUGGUGAAUAUUUCAGACCUAAAGAUCCAGAUAGUAUCUCUGUUCAUAUGUGAAUAAGUCGAAGUUUGUGGGGCUACUUUUUCUCAUAGCACUUUAUUUUGAAUGUUGUUGAUUUGUGCUGAGAAUGGUCGUCCCUAUUUGAACCAAUUAUUUAUUUUUAAAUAUCCUUGAGCUGCAUUUUUGUUUUGAAAAAUUGCCAUAAAUUUGGUGCCACUUUCUUU